CGACCUGCCCGCGGUGCCCUCUUGUCUCCGGCCAGGGCGGGCAGUUCAGGGGCGCCGGGGUAACACCCGAGAACUUCCCGGGGAGAGGGUGCGCGGGGGAUUUCCACUGUCCUCCCCGCGGCCCCAGCAGCGGGGCGGUGUGCGGAGGGCGCUCGGGGUUAUCCCAGGCGCAGGGGCGGGGUGGCCCCUGCUUCCCUCCACCCCCUGCACACCUCCAGACGUCCCAGGUUCCUCGUCCUUCCCCCUCUCGGGUGAGAGGCGGGUGGGCGGCUUUCGUGGGCGGAGGACGUCAGGGUGCCGGGCUCCCCGUUCUAGGUCAUGCCUCCUGCUCUCUGCCUUGGCCUGCGUGGGCCGAGGUGUUCCUCCUGUAGGCGACAGCCAGUACGGUGGCCGGUGGCCUUCGCUCUUAAUAUCCAGAGUCUGUUUUAAGAUUAUUUAAAAGAAGAAUGAACUGUAAUUCUUGAAGAUAACCUGAGCAGUUUUCAUUAUGUGUAAUUUUUGACUGCAGAAUUUUAAAUGAAGCCACAGGCACUUACUGGUGUGAAGAUUUACACAGCAUUUUUUUAUUGCAGACCAACACACCAUCAUUUUUAGAGGAGAUACUCCCUCUUGGUGUCUUUGGUGGCAAAAAUUAAAUUUGGUUGCAUCAUUUUGACUUGUGUUUGAAUCUAGAUUUUCUAACACAAGUAAUGGCAUAAACUUUCCACGUUUUGCCUAAAAAGGAAAAACAAAUAAUCCAAACCAUUGCAUUGAACAUGGGCAUUUUAAAUUAAGAAAUUGGUAACUUUAUUUUAACACGCAUACCUGAAGAAUUCAAGAAAACAAAGGCUUCUUCAGAGGUGGCUUUUAAAAUCACAGUAUUUUUAGAGGCAAAACAAGACAUUUUACAGGAUUUGCAGUGAAAUUAUACUACGACAUAAACAGGACCCACACCAAGUUGUAGUUAUUUAUGAUCUCCUUUUGGAAAUUUACAUUUUGUAAAAAGAAGUUAACAUAAGUAUUUGUACACAUCACUUUUCUCUUUUCAAAUAAGCAACUAAAUAAAAAUGCAAUUCUCAGACUUGAUUAUUUAAUACAGUAGUGCAGCAAUGGAAAACCUACAGACGAAUUUUUCCUUGGUUCAGGGUUCAAGUAAAAAAAUGAAGGGGGUGGGAGAUGAUGGCAGCCCUCCAGCAAAGAAAAUGAUGAUCGACGUCCAUACAAAUGGAAAACUGUUAAACAAGUUGCCAGCGGUGAAGAAGGAACACGUGGAUGACUAUGGAGAAGCACCAGUGGAAAUUGCUGGAGAACACGUCAAGCGAACAUGUUCUUCUGUACCUGAACCAUUAAACUUAAAUCCGAGUUUGAAACAUACAUUGGCACAAUUCCAUUUAAGUAGUCAGAGCUCUCUGGGUGGACCAGCAGCAUUUUCUGCACGGUAUUCGCAAGAAAGCAUGUCUCCUACUGUAUUUCUGCCUCUUCCAUCUCCUCAGGUUCUUCCUGGCCCACUGCUCAUUCCUUCUGAUAGUUCUACAGAACUCACCCAGACGGUGUUGGAAGGGGAGUCUAUUUCCUGUUUUCAAGUUGGUGGAGAAAAGAGACUGUGUUUACCCCAAGUCUUAAAUUCUGUUCUCCGAGAAUUUUCACUACAGCAAAUAAAUACAGUGUGUGAUGAAUUAUACAUAUACUGUUCAAGGUGUACUUCAGACCAGCUUCAUAUCUUAAAGGUCCUGGGAAUACUUCCAUUCAAUGCUCCGUCUUGUGGGCUGAUCACAUUAACUGAUGCUCAAAGACUAUGUAAUGCUUUGCUGAGGCCACGGACUUUUCCUCAAAAUGGAAGCAUACUUCCUGCAAAAAACUCAUUGGCCCAGUUAAAGGAAACUGGCAGUGCCUUUGAAGUGGAACAUGAAUGCUUGGGCAAAUGUCAGGGUCUCUUUGCACCCCAGUUUUAUGUCCAGCCUGAUGCUCCAUGUAUUCAGUGUCUAGAGUGCUGUGGAAUGUUUGCACCCCAGACAUUUGUAAUGCAUUCUCACAGGUCGCCUGACAAAAGAACUUGCCAUUGGGGCUUUGAAUCAGCCAAAUGGCAUUGCUAUCUUCAUGUGAACCAAAAAUACUUAGGGACACCUGAAGAAAAGAAACUAAAGAUCAUGUUAGAAGAGAUGAAGGAGAAAUUUAGCAUGAGGAAUGCGAAGAGAACUCAAUCUAAGACAGAUGCACCAUCAGGAAUGGAAUUACAGCCUUGGUAUCCUGUUAUAAAGCAGGAAGGCGACCCUGGUUCUCAGACACAUUCAUUUUUACACCCCAGCUACUACUUAUACAUGUGUGAUAAAGUGGUUGCUCCAAAUGUGUCCCUUCCUUCUGCUGUAGCACAGUCUAAAGAGGUCGCAAAGACGGAGGCAAGUAAAUCCACAUUAAGACAGGCAGACAAGCCUCACGGUAGUGCUAAACAUCAAAAAGCAGUAUCUUACCCAGAUGUCUCACUUGAAGAACAGGAAAAAAUGGACUUAAAAACAAGUAAAGAAUUAUAUAGCCAUUUAGAUCCAUCAAUAUCAAGUAAUCCUACAAGUAAAAAGAAAUCUGAAUCCACCACUGGCAGCUUAGCCAGAGAAACAGGCAAGGUGGGGGUUGGCCGAGAUGCUGCAGCUCCGUCUCCGCUUCUUGUCAAAGACGUCAUUUGUGAGGAUGACAAGGGAACCAUCAUGGAAGAAGUAGUGAGAACUUACGUAAGACAGCAGGAGAAACUGAACUCGAUUCUGCAAAAGAAGCAACAACUUCAGAUGGAAGUGGAAAUGUUGAGUAGUUCAGAAGCUAUGAAGGAGCUCACUGAAGAGCAGCAGAGUUUACAGAAAGAGCUUGAAUCUUUGCAGAAUGAACAUGCUCAAAGAAUGGAAGAAUUUUAUGUUGAACAGAAAGACUUAGAGAAAAAAUUGGAACAGGUAAUGAAGCAAAAAUGUACCUGUGAUUCCAAUCUAGAGAAAGACAAAGAGGCUGAAUAUGCAGCUCAGUUGGCAGAAUUGCGACAGAGACUGGAUCAUGCUGAGGCCGAUAGGCAAGAGCUCCAGGAUGAACUCAGACAGGAGCGAGAGGCAAGGCAGAAGUUAGAGAUGAUGAUCAAAGAGCUAAAGCUACAGAUUGUGAAAUCGUCAAAGACUGCUAAAGAAUAGAAAUGGUUAAAGAGUUUCCUCUGUGUAUUUACUGACUGGGUGUUUUGUUUGUUGCUUGCUUUGGUAAUUGAAUUCUGAACAACUUACUUGCAUGAAGAUAACUAGGCAUUGUAUCCAUUUGUAGAUCAGAAAAGUGAAGAGAUUAUAUAUUAGUACAUAAAUUUUUACAUUUUCCAAAUGAAUGAAAAUGUAUGUUUCUUUGUACUUUUUUUUCCAAUCAGCUUAGUAACGAUACUGUAUGGUUUCAGCUAGUAGAUAAUCUGCCUAUAUUUCUAAUACAAAUGUAACAGCUGUAUACUUUUUAAAACGCUGCAUUAUAUGAGAGAAAAUAGCUGUGGCCAGUUUUGUUAUCCAUAUUUGAGACUCAAUUUUAGAUACAGUGGCGACUUCGUGUUUUAAAUAUAUAGAGCUACUCAAGGAGUUGAAUCUCCGUUUUUCUCAUUAAUGUGGUCUCCUUUUUAAGUUAGUAUAGUAUACUCCUCAUUAUGAAUACAACUUGCUUUUAUUUUGUUCAGAUUGCGGAAUGAAUAUCCACCAGUUCUGAAUGCCUCGUAAGAGGCGUUUCCCUGAUGCGGUUGUAGCACGUCCGUGGACACAGUGGGGUGGCUAACACGUGUCGUUAGGCACUGCCACAAGAGGUUAUUACUUUUGUUUCUGAGUUUAAACGUGGCUAUAUUAGAAAUUUUUUUUUUAAUGCAGCAACUUCAGAAAGUACAAUGUAAUAAUUUCUGAACUUUUAUUUAUGUUGUUAAUAGUGGUGUGGAAUUAUUGAUGUUGAGGAAGACUGAUACCAUUGAUGGACCGUUCAUUUCUAUACAAUCCACAAUCCCCCCUGUACAGUUUUUAUAUGUAGUCAUGGGUCUUACUGAAAUUUAUAUAAUGGAUUUGUUUUCCUUUAAAGUGUAAAAUAUUAAACACCUUGAAGGUUAUUUUGAAUUUUUUGUAUGUUUAAAUGUAAAAAGUCUUAUCAUAAUUUGCAUGAAUGGACCAUUUUCAAUUACUAUGUAAUACUGAAAUCAGGAAUUACAUCAGCUGAUAGUGUAUGAUAGGUUAAUAUAGGACAAUUUAGUUAUCUCUAUAAACGGUGUUCAGAUCAUUUUUAGAUGACAAAGGAAUUUCGUAGUUUGGUUGGGGUGGGGUACCAGCUGCACUUUUUUUUUUUCUUGCACAGAAAACUGUCAUUCUUUAAUGGCAAAUUUCAUAUUAGUUAAUUCUUGGCUUAAAAGAUACUAGGUAUAAUUUUUAAGUGUGCAUCGUUUCGAGGAGGUUUCCUGAAAACUGCCAUCAGCUGAUAUUAUUGUCCCAUGAGCUUUAUGGUCCUCGUAGUCUCUCCUGAGGUUCUAUAUAAAUGACUGAAGAGAGCUAAAUUUAUAUUAAAGGUAAAUUAGGAUUCUUGUUAUAUAAUAAUUAUUGCCAGUGUAGAAGUGGACACUCUAAUGGUGCAGAACUUCAAAAAUUACUAGGUUAUCAUUUAACCAGUUAUUUUCAUAUUUUGUUUAAUGUGACUCAUAUAUCCAAAAAAGAAUAUUCACACUUCCCAAAAUGUGGUCUCUUCACUAGAGGACUCUCUAAAUGUGUAUUUUCUUUUAAGUUUUACUAUAUUAAUCCUGACAUUUGAUGUGUUCAUUCUUAAUCUACUCAAGAAGAAACAAAUGUUAAAGUGACACACAGAAACAUGUUAAAAAUGACGUAUCUUCCCAAUACUAUUUAUUUCGAUCUGGAGAAAGGAAAAUCCCAUUUAAGAUGUACUAGUUCAUUUCAGUUUUGAAUUAGUUGUGUCACAACUCAGCUUUUUGGGAGACACACCUAAGCACCUAUGAUUUCAUUUUUCUAGUUCACUCACCACCUUUCUGCUUCUGUUCCUUAGUAAAUGGUAAGUUUGCUUAAGUUUUAGCCCCAGACUUCUAAAAUAAAUUGCUUACUCUCUGAAAUAUGCUAUUUUAAAAUUCUGUGGCAUCCUUAAGCUGUUAAAUUACUAUAAACUCUCAUUCACAAUUGGGUAAAAAAUAUAUUUUUUCCCUGGUCCUUCACAUAAUGAAAACUUGCCGCGUAAUAUUCUGUAGCCUUUAUUUUUCAGAAGAUA